UGCGGUUGUGAGGAAAGCCAGACAGAGCAGCGAGGUGUGUCCGCAGGGCUGACUGUCUCAUCACGGGUACUCUCUUCCCUAUCGGUGUUACAUUUCUGCCUUUCAGUUGCCUCUGCCCAGAUCAGGGAAUGGGGGAAGUCAGCAGGACACAAAUAGAAACGUAAACAAAAUAAUGGCCUCGUCCUCCACGCCAAAGUAUAAUUCAAACUCGUUAGAAAAUUCUGUCCGAAGGUCUCCGGGAGAUGGCAUUAACCAUGAACAAAACAAUGAAAUACCACGUCUGCCAGGAGAGACCUUAAUUACAGACAAAGAUGUAAUCUACAUGUGUCCAUUUUAUGGUCCUGUCAAGGGGAGAAUAUAUGUUACAAACUAUAAACUGUACUUCAAAGGUGAGGAGAUGGAGCCACUGAUAACUUUCUCAGUUCCACUUGGUGUCAUUGCAAGGAUAGAGAAGAUGGGGGGUGCAUCAAGUAGAGGAGAAAAUUCAUACGGUCUGGAUAUAACCUGCAAAGAUAUGAGGAAUUUGAGAUUUGCUCUGAAACAAGAAGUGCACAGUAGGAAACAGAUAUUUGAAGAUCUUACAAAAUAUGCCUUUCCCCUGUCACAUGGCUUGCUUUUUUUCGCCUUUCAAAAUGAGGAGAAAUUUCCAGAGAGUGGCUGGGCAGUGUAUGAUGCAAUGACUGAGUUCCGCAGACAGGGUUUACCUAAUGAUCAGUGGAGAAUAACAUUUAUUAACAAGAAUUAUGAGCUUUGUGACACCUAUCCGCCGCUCUUGGUGGUGCCGUACGGUGCUUCUGAAGAGGAUCUCAAAAGAGUUGCUGCUUUCAGGUCCAGAAACAGGAUACCGGUUUUGUCUUGGCUGCAUCCAGAGAAUCAGUCUGCCAUUAUGCGUUGCAGUCAGCCUCUCGUGGGUAUGAGCGGCAAACGUAAUAAAGAUGAUGAGCGGUAUCUGGACAUUAUCAGGGAUACAAAUGGCCAAACAUCCAAGUUGACAAUCUACGAUGCCAGGCCUAGUGUUAACGCUGUAGCAAAUAAGGCCACUGGAGGAGGCUAUGAGAGCGAGGAUGCCUAUCCUAACGCAGAACUAGUCUUCCUUGAUAUUCAUAAUAUCCAUGUCAUGAGGGAAUCCCUAAAAAAACUGAAAGAUAUUGUCUAUCCAAAUGUAGAGGAAUCUCACUGGCUUUCAAGUUUAGAAUCAACUCACUGGUUAGAACAUAUUAAGCUUGUCUUGACAGGUGCAAUCCAGGUGGCAGAUAAGGUGGCGUCAGGGAAGAGCUCUGUUGUUGUGCACUGCAGCGAUGGAUGGGAUAGAACAGCACAACUAACAUCACUGGCCAUGCUAAUGUUGGACAGCUACUACAGAACUAUCGGUGGCUUUGAAGUUCUGGUGCAGAAGGAGUGGAUUAGUUUUGGACACAAGUUUUCAUCUAGAAUAGGACACGGUGAUAAGAAUCACGCUGAUGCCGACAGAUCUCCUAUCUUCCUUCAGUUUAUUGACUGUGUUUGGCAAAUGUCAAAGCAGUUUCCAACAGCGUUUGAAUUCAACGAGCAUUUUUUGAUCACAGUAUUGGAUCACCUUUAUAGUUGCCGCUUUGGAACAUUCUUGUACAAUUGUGAAAGCAUCAGAGAUAAAGAAAAAGUGAGAGAAAAAACACAGUCUUUGUGGUCUCUGAUAAGCAGUGAAAAAUCAAAAUACACAAAUCCUUUCUACACCAAGGAGCUGAAUCGGGUAUUAUAUCCUGUUGCUAGUAUGCGUCACCUGGAACUUUGGGUGAAUUACUAUAUUAGAUGGAAUCCAAGGAUCAGGCAGCAACAGCCGAACCCUGUGGAGCAGCGUUACAUGGAGUUGCUAGCUUUGAGAGAUGACUACGUCAGGAGACUCGAGGAGCUCCAAAUCAAUAAUUCACCAAAGAUGAACAGCUCCACCAACUCUCCUUCUUCCCCAUCACAGAUGAUGCCCCAAGUGCAUACACCAUUUUGAUCAAAGUCUGGGUCCUUUAUAAUGUAAAGUCACAAUUUCUUUGAAAGGCCAUUUUGAAUGAUUCCUUUAUUUUUUUUCUACAAAAUUUUUUGUUUCUCCUGGUUGAAAUGAAUUGUGCCUUCUUAAGAGUAUUGUAUUAACAUUCGGGAAUAUCUGCUUUUUUUUUUUUUUUUUUCUUCUAAUAAUGACCUUUUGAAGAACAAGAUGUAGGAAGGAUGCCAUGGUUUUGCACCCAAUCAUGUUGGACUUCAGAGUUGGUGGAAGAGACGCUUCUUGUAUUAAUUGCUUGCUGUUUCAGUGUAAGGGAGAAGUUCUCUGUUCAAUGAACAGAUUGGAUUUACCUCUGCAAGCUGCUUUAAUGUGUUUAUUACCAUGUCUGAUGCCUAUGCCAUCCUCUGUACAAAAUAGCAGUUUCUCCAGGAGCAGAAGACCUGAGUCCUGUUGUACUUGAUAGUUGUACUUGAUAGUAGCAUCUUUUGUGCUGCUCACACUCAGCCCCCUUACGUGCAGUGUCCCUUUUUCUUACAUCUAGCCUUUACAUUUAAUUUCCCAUUUUUUGGAGAUAACCCUGCUCUUUCUGUCUUUUGAGCAGAGGAGGAUUUGAAGUUGGAGUUUAGUGACACGCUUUUGCUCAUAUGUAUGAGUU